UAGGCCACUCCCAAAUGAGAAAUGUCCAUGUCGGGUACCGUAGCUCAGUGACAACACAGCAGAGUACUUUGAUCGGAAUCUCCCUGCAGCUAAGCUAAGCUAAGCUAAGCUAAGCUGCUAGCUUGGCUGAUAAGUAGCUAGUUCUCCUGUUUGUUGUGAAUGCGGACAGUCAGGCUGUGAUUAAGACAGUUGACGACUUGAAAAUUGUAAAGGAAUAUGAGGCUGAAGGAGAUCCAGAGGACUGCCCACCAGGCGUGGAGUCCUGCCGAACACCAUCCUAUCCACCUGGCCUUAGGGACAUCAGCACAACAGCUUGAUGCCUCUUUCAACACCACAGCUGCCCUAGAGAUAUUUGAGGUGGAUUUCUCUGACCCAUCUCUGGAGAUGCAGCUCAGAGGGUCAUUACCCACCUCAAACAGGUUGCACAGUAUUGUAUGGGUGAAUUUUGGAAUGGGAGCAGAUGGUACUGGAGGGAGACUGGUUGGUGGCAGUGAAAAUGGCACAUUAACUGUAUACAACCCAGAGGUCAUAAUGAGCUCCGGUGUAGAUGCAGUAGUGGGACAGUCUGACAAACAUACAGGACCCAUCCGAGCACUCGAUUUCAACCCUUUUCAGAGUAAUCUUCUCGCUUCAGGAGCAAAUGACUCAGAGAUAUAUAUCUGGGAUCUGAACAACUUUAGCAGUCCAAUGACACCAGGAGCAAAGUCACAGCCUGCUGAAGACAUCAGUGUUGUGUCUUGGAACAGGCAGGUUCAGCAUAUCCUGGCCUCUGCUAACCCCAGUGGGAAAGCAGUCGUGUGGGAUCUGAGAAAGAACGAGCCCAUCAUCAAGAUCAGUGACCACAGCAACAGGAUGCACUGUUCAGGAAUGCUCUGGCACCCUGAUGUGGCCACUCAGUUGGUGUUGGCCUCUGAAGAUGACCGACUGCCAGUCAUCCAGAUGUGGGACCUCCGUUUUGCCACAUCACCCCUUAAAGUCUUUGAGAACCAUACAAGGGGGAUUCUGUCCAUAUCCUGGAGCCAGGCUGACUCUGAGCUCCUACUGAGUAGUGCUAAAGACAACAGGAUCCUCUGCUGGAAUCCAAACACUGGAGAGGUGAUUUAUGAGCUUCCGACAACAAACCAGUGGUGUUUCGAUGUCCAGUGGUGCCCCAGGAAUCCAGCCCUGCUCUCAGCUGCCUCAUUUGAUGGGAGAAUCACUGUCUACUCUGUUAUGGGAGGGAGCUUGAAGGCUCAGCAGCAAAGCACAGCCAAUAAGAUAUCCUCCUCAUUUGAUUCAAUGGAUCCCUUUGGUACAGGGCAGGUGCUGCCUCCCCUCCAAGUUCCUCAGCCUACAGUCCAGGACACCAUAGUUCCCCCUCUGAAGAAGCCACCUAAGUGGGUGCGCAGGCCAGUGGGGGCUUCCUUUGCUUUCGGUGGAAAGCUGAUAACCUUUGAGAAUCCCCAGCUGCCUCCGGUGCAGAGCCCCCAGCCUGUCCCCAGACAAGUGUUUGUGAGCCAGGUUACCACGGAGACAGAGUUCCUCCAGCGCUCCAGGGAGCUGCAGGCAGCGCUGCAGUCGGGCUCCUUCAACAACUACUGCCAGGCCAAAAUUCAUAACGCUAAGUCUGACGCUGAGAAGGACAUAUGGAAGUUCCUCCUGGUAAACUUUGAGGAUGAAGCCCGCGUUAAAUUCCUCCGACUUUUGGGUUUCAGUAAAGAUGAAUUGGAGAUAAAGAUUUCAAAAUGCCUGGGGAAGAGUCUUCAGCACAAUGGACACGGAGUAGAUGCCAAAGAUCUGGCAGAAAAGAUGCAGCGGCUCUCCACCGAGAGGUCUGAUGUAGCAACUGCGGUAUGUGAUGCUAGAACUUCUGGUUCUGUUUCACCGGCAGACUUCUUUAGUCAGACCCCAAAGGAGAACGCCAACUUCCAGAUCCCUGUAUCAUGUGAUACUAAUGGUUUAAUAAGCCAGGCGCUGCUGGUUGGUAACUUUGAGGGAGCUGUGGAUCUGUGUUUGAAUGAUGGUCGUUACGCUGAAGCCAUCCUGUUGUCUAUCAGUGGAGGAGAGGAGCUGCUCAAGAAAACUCAGCAAAAAUACCUAAGCAAUCAAAAGAACAGCAUUUCAAUGCUCAUAUCGUCAGUGGUGACCCAGAACUGGAGAGACAUAGUGCAAAGCUGUGAGUUGGACAAUUGGAAGGAGGCUCUCGCUGCUCUGCUGACUUAUGCUCACCCUGAAGAUUUUGCCCGCCUGUGUGAUACCCUGGGAGGCCGGUUGGAGCAUGAGAGGACAGAGAAGCGCUGCCUGCAGGCUUGUCUGUGUUACAUCUGCUCUGGGAACAUUGAGAAGCUAGUGGAGUGCUGGGCCUUGCAUAGAGACUGCUCUUCCCCUCUUGGUCUAGAGGAUCUGGUUGAAAAAGUAAUGAUGCUGCGUAAGUCAAUCGAACGCCUCCGCAACAGCGAGGUGGCUGUCCAGAGCCCCAUCCUGGCCGAGAAGCUAACCUGCUACGCUGGCAUACUGGCUGCUGAGGGCAGUCUGGCCACUGCCAUGGCCUACCUGCCUGAGAACUCGGAGCAAGCUGGGAUCACAAUGCUGAGAGACAGGCUGUUCCACGCUCAGGAAGAGGCUGCCGUUGGACAGCAGCCUUCAAACUCCUUCAACAGAGUGAAUGUGUCCACAGCUAAGCCCACUCCUGCUGCUCAAGCUCCUGCACCAAAAGCACAAAUUGUGAGUCAGUACCAGCCAUCUGCUCCUUACCAGGCUGCCCAACAGCAGCCUCCUAUGCCGUCGUUUUUUACCCCACAAGCUCUAACCAACACCGGGCCUGGUCUGCCACCGUCUUCUCAUGUACUGCCGCCCAGCGCGACUAGCCCUGCCUUGAGGCCUCCCUACCCCCAACAUAAUCCUCCGGCUCCAGGUUUCCUUCCUCAUCAACCAUUCCAGCCUCAGCCUAUGUCCAUUGGCGGACGCUCAGUCUUCUCUCCUCCAGGUCCUUCUGUGUCAGCUGCUAACUUAUCAGGACCCGCACUACCGCCUCCGUCAUCGACCCCUGGGGUGCCACCGACAAGCUUCAUGCCGUCUACCUCUUUUCCUUCAGGCCCCAUGCCACCCAGCUCCCAACCCGGAGCCCCAGUUCCCAUGUACCCAGGUGGCCUGCACAACCAAGGGCCUGCAAACCCCAUGGCAUCUGGUCCCUAUGUCCCUCUCGGAUCAGGUUAUCCACAGGGAGGCCCCGGAGCUCCUGCAGUAAAGCCCUUCUCGGCCCCAGCUGUGGCCCCACCUCCUACAGGAUUCUUUCCCUGGCUGAAUUCCCAGUCUGACAUUCGAGGACCCCAUGAAGGCUGGAAUGACCCACCAGCAGUACGUGGUGGACCCAGGAAGAAGAAGGUCCCUGAUAACUACACUCCACCAGCCCCCAUCACUGCCCCUGUGAUGGGAUUCCCUGUGGAGGCCCCUCAGUCCCACAACCACGCCCAGGUCCCCCCUGGAGCCCCACAGGAGCCCAGCGUGCAGCUCCUCCAGCAGCUGCCAGCAGAGAGGGUGGAGCAGAAAGAAAUCCCCGCUGAACACAUGGUUCUCAAAUCCACCUUUGACAGCCUGGUGCAGCGCUGCCAGCUCGCAGCCGGAGACCCACAAACCAAAAGGAAACUUGAUGAUGCAGUCAAACGUUUGGCAUACCUGUACGACAAGCUGAGAGAGCAGUCGCUCUCUCACAACAUCCUGAACGGACUCCACGAGAUCAGCCGCUGUGUGGCGAGCCAGAACUACCAGCGGGGUCUGGAGGUCCACACCCAGGUGGUCAGCAGCAGCAACUUCAGUGAGAUUUCCGCCUUUAUGCCCAUCCUCAAAGUGCUCAUGACCAUUGCCAACAAGCUGGGCGUCUAACAACACCAACAACUACACUUCAGUGUUAUCAUUUUGUUAUAUAUGUAUUUAUUUCUUUUUGACCUGAUGGCGUGCUUUGAUAAUGAGAAUAUUUACUGAUGAUAUCGCAGGUUGUGGUCUUCAUUACUUACAUACAUGUUCCUUCCUGGAGGCUGGUGUGGGCAGUGAGGUGGAUUUUUGUAGAGAUUUGUCGAUGUUGCUGUGGUUAUUUUACGAUUAAAAAUGAAUGUAAUUCUGAAAGUUGUGAUUCUGUGUAAAAUCAACAGUUGAUGUAAUAUAAGUUUGAAUUAAGGCGGUGUUUGUACAAGUAAUUGCAUUUUCAUAGUUCACAUUACACUCCACACCCAUGCAUAUUUUUCCUUAAAUAAUUUGGGAUUGAAUACAUGCAGUGCUCCAACUGCAGAAAACAAAUUAGCAGCUUUUACAUCCAAGGUAGGGGUGGAAAUGGUAAGAAUAAAAUUUGGGUUGCACUUACUAUAUAUCCUCGCGGUGUAGUUUGUACGAGGGAGAAACCAGGCCGACACUCAUUUUCUUUCUACUAUAUAAUUUCACAACAAGCAUCAAGGAAACUAUGUAACAUAAAUACUGAUUGUUCUCUUCACCUGAUGUAACAGAUUGUGUCCAGUUGAUUGUGCCGUGAGGGGCUUUUGGGCUGAAGAAUGCUAAACAGUGAUUGUCAAGUUGCUGUUUUAUUUUUUUCUCCAUUUUGUGUUAACGGAGAGCCCUGUUAGCACAGGUAAUUUCCUGAUAGCCUGUGUGAGUGACUGAAUCUUUUUUCUUUUUACCCCCUGACUUGCCUCAGUGUGCUGAGUUCACAUGGCAGCUCAUAAACAAAAAUUACAUUAAUUUAUGUUGAACUGCGAAUGAAAUGACAUCUGUGCUUUUACUCAUCUUUCUACUUCAAGUCUUAUCCUUUUGUGACACUGAAUUAGUUUUGUUUUUUGUUUUAGAUUAGAUCAUAUGAUGAUACCAACUUAAAUGAACUGACAAAUGAUAUUCUGAGGUUUGUAGCUGGACGUAAAGCUGGAUAGUUUGGUGUAUCAUGGCAGCAGAAGGCAGUAAAGUGCCUCAGUGCCCAUUUUGGUUGCACAGAUAUUUAUACAAUCCAUGUUGCUUACUUUACUCAUGUCAGUAUCUUUUUCAAAUAAAACUUCACUUCAUAGAU